AACAGAGCUCAAAUAAGCCACAGCAAUCUCUCUCUCUCUCCCUCUCAUAAAGAACUUAUAACCCUAAUGGCUCGGAGAACUCUUGUUGAAGCCUCCUCUCUAUUCUUCUUCUUGUUGAUGGCUGAUCUCGCCUGUUGCAAAGAGAUUCUGGUCGGAGGCAAACCCAGCGCCUGGAAAAUCCCUUCUUCCCCUUCUGAUUCCCUCAACAAAUGGGCUGAGAGUUUGCGAUUUCACGUCGGCGAUUCUCUCGUGUGGAAGUACGAUGGGGAAAAGGACUCGGUUUUGCAAGUGACAAGAGAAGCGUACAUUAACUGCAACACCUCAAACCCAGCUGCCAAUUACAGCAAUGGAGACACCAAGGUGAAGCUAGAGAGAUCUGGUCCUUUCUUCUUCAUCAGCGGCUCCAAAAGCAACUGUGUCGAAGGCGAGAAGCUUCACAUUGUCGUCAUGUCCUCUCGUGGUGGCCACACCGGUGGUUUCUUCACCGGCUCUGCUCCUUCUCCUGCACCUUCCCCUGCUCUUUUGGGAGCUCAAGCUGUUCCUCCUGCCACCGGUUCUGCUUCUUCUUUGACCUGUCGAAUUUGGAGUUUGGGACUUGUUGGACUGGGGAUUGUUUUGCUCUGAUUUUACCCGGCUUUGUUUAGAUUCUUCUAUCUCUGCUUUUCAUUCUUUUAUCCAUGAGAUGGCUAUGUUUAAAUUCUUUUGGAUCUUUGACAAUGAUGGUGUAUUCCCGAUUAUAUUAGACGAACUUCUUCUGAAA